AUGCAAGUGAUGGAGACUCGUGAGAUCGUGCAGAUAUCACCCGACCGUUAUCGUGUCAAGGUGGAGGUAGGUCACUUAGAAUCCUCCAUUGCUGGAGUCCAUGAUGUUUCCUCACCUGAUGAAGGAGGGAAGACUAUUUUCUUGGGCUCAGCGUCUAAUUCAAUACCGUCUUUACAGUCGUCUUUUAACUUCAAUGCGGUGCUUCUGGAGGAUGGGAGUGUUGUGAAGCCUAGGGGGUGUAUCGAGGUCGAUGAGCUCUUUGAGAUCAUCCGGAAGAUUGUUGGUAUCAACAUUCCGCCGACUGAACAGAGGAAGGUUGCGGACCUAUGGGGCAUGGGCAGAGGCAGUGAAGAUAUCAAACGAUGGCUCAAUGAUAUGAAGGAGGUCGAUGGUAUGAUAGACUCAUUCCGAUUGGCCCAUCCCAGCGCCGAGGACCGGUUCACCUGUUGGGAUCAGUAUAGGAAUCGAAGGUACGCCAAUGCUGGAUCUAGGAUUGAUUACAUAUUAGUUGAUAAUACUAUACCAAUUGAGAAGGGUGCUCCCCUGGCUAUAGGUUGUGAUGCUGAGGCUGCAUUGAGGUGUGCUACUGCUGAUGGCUUACAUGUGCCGGCUCCUCGAUUUGGGGACGAUAGAGGCAUACCCGAGAUGGACAGUGAG